GCUGAACGCCGCCAACAUGGUGUUCAGGCGCUAUGUGCAGGUUGGCCGGGUGGCCUACAUCUUUUUCGGACCCCAUGCCGGGAAACUGGUCGCGAUCGUAGACGUUACUGAUCAGAACAGGGCUCUGGUUGACGGACCAUGCACUCAAGUAAGGAGGCAAGCCAUGCCUUUCAAAUGCAUGCAGCUCAUUGACUUCAUCCUCAAGUUCCCACACAGUGCCUGCCAGAAAUACAUUCGACAAGCCUGGCAGAAAGCCAAUAUCAAUACAAAAUGGGCAGCCACAAGAUGGGCCAAGAAGAUUGAAGCCAGAGAAAAGAAAGCCAAGAUGACAGAUUUUGAUCACUUUAAAGUCAUGAAAGCAAAGAAAAUGAGGAACAGAUUAAUAAAGUAUGAAGUUAAGAAGCUUCAGAGGGCAGCUCUUAUGAAAGCUUCUCCUAAAAAAGCAGCUGCUGCCAGCGCUGAGAAGGUGCCACCCAAGAAGGUGACUGCUGCGGGCAAGAAGAAGAAAGCCCCGUCCCAGAAGGAGAAGGCUGCAGGCCAGAAGGCUGGACCUCCAAAAGCUCAGAAGGGUCCGAAAGCCCCAGCCCAGAAAACUGCUCCAAAGGCAUCGGGCAAGAAAGCCUAA